AUGGAUACGACAUCCUUCACUCAACAUCUGGAGGCUUCAGCUAGCGCCAUAUUCAAAAAAAUCUCUUCAUCAACGGAUCAGAAAACUGUCGCAAAUUUUGGAAGGGCUGCUGCAAUCACUUGGGCUAUGUAUAUCGUUGCUUCGAAAUUGUAUAGCGCAUUUUUGGGACCUUUGAGUAGUAUUCCUGGUCCACUGGGCCUCAAAUUUUAUGGUGUGCGCUUCACACCCGGUAUCGAAGAUCCACCUGGAACAUCUUAUAAGAAGCUUAAAGCAUGGCACGCCAAGUAUGGUUCCAUUGUGCGUCUAGGACCCAACUGCAUUAACAUUGCGGAUAAGCGCAUGCUUCAAGAGAUCUUUCGCAAUGACGAAGUGUAUCUGAAAGGGCCGAUGUAUAUUCGACUUCAGAAACGCUCCCCUCCAGAUCUGUUAAGUACCAUUGACAGGGCCAAGCACAAGCAACGUAGACGCGUUCUUUCACCAGCGUUUGCGGUCAAGUACCUAAACUCGCUCGAAACGUAUAUGCUAAAAACAACCCAAGCAUUCUUCGAUCGGAUUGACAGAGAUAUUGCAAAGACCAGCAACGAACAAGGUUACGGUCAGGUUGAUAUUUGGAUCCUCGUUCACUAUUUAGCAUUGGAUAUCAUUGGUGAAGCUGCAUUCGGAAAAACCUUCAACAUGUUGGAAGGCAACGAUCAUCUUGUUCCCCGUACCAUAACCAAAAAUAUGAAAAUGCUGCAUUAUCUUGUCACUCAUCCCAUUUCAGGCCCUCUAAAAUUGAUGCUUCCCGCAAGCAGUCGUGGUAUUUUAAAAGCUAACAGUGAACUAAAGGAGUUUAUGAAAGAAGUUAUUAUGGAACGAUUGGUAGGAGGCGAAAAGGCCCGUCGCAACGAUAUCCUUCAAAUCCUUAUUGAUACUCAACAUGCCAGCAACAGCGAAGAUCGACUGACAGCUUCCGCGAUUGCUCAAGAAACGGUACUGUUCCUGACUGCUGGAUCGGAAACAACGAGCAACAGCAUGGGCUUUGUGGUUGUUGAGCUGAUGACGAACCCACAAGCACUCGUCAAAUUGCGUCAAGAAGUUGAUGCUAUCGACUUUAAACCGGGCCAUAAGCUGUUGCUACAUGAACAAGUGAAACAUCUGCCGUACUUGAACGCCGUUAUCAACGAGACUUUGAGAUUGGAUGCUGUCGUCGUAGGAGCCCUAGAGCGUGUGCCAACACGUGAUGUUGUGAUAGACGGUCGCUUGUUCGUUCCCAAAGGCAUGGAUCCAGCAUACUGGCCCGAGCCAGAAAAAUGGAUUCCUGAGCGUUGGGUUCCUGGUUCUGGUGCACCUCCAGCAGAUACUGAAGCGUUCCUUCCCUUCAGCACUGGCCCAAGAAACUGUGUUGGAAAGACGUUUGCGGAACAAGAGAUGCGACUAUCGAUUGCCAAUCUGAUCAAGUUGUACGAUUUCCAGGCUAUUCCUGAAGAAGUUGCUGCAUCAAAGGAUAGAUGUGCAUUCCUUACGUUAACUGUCAAAAAGAAUAGCUAUAAGGUUUUGGUUAAGCGUAGAGUUUCAGGAAUCUAA